AUGGCGAUCAGCCUCGCGCUGCUGCUCGCGGCAACCCAUGCGCUCGCACCCUCGCAACCACCGGUCACGCUCCACUACACGCCGAAGCACCGCUUGCACCGGAACCGCCGCGGCCACCCGGAACACCCCGGCCGCCUCGACGAGUUCAUCCUCCCCACGGCGCGAAAUCUCGGCGACGCCGUCGCCUGGCGCGAACUCGGCGCGCCGCGGAGCGACGCGUUGGACGCCGUGCUGCGCGUGCACGACGGCGACCACGUGGCGCGCGUCGAGCGCGCGUCCGCGCGGCGCUUCGGUCGCGCGCGGCUCGGGCCGGACACGUUCGUGAACCGGCGAUCGCACGAGGCCUUCCUCUGCGGCGUGAGCCUCUGGCUCGACGCCGUCGACGGCGCGCUGAACCGGUCGUCGGGCGUCGAGUUCGCCCUGAGCCGGCCGCCGGGCCACCACGCGGGCCGCGCCUCGGCGGACGGCUUCUGCGUCUACAAUUACUGCGCGGCCGCCGCGGCGCACGCGCUCGACGUACAUAAAUGCGACUGGGUCGCGAUCCUCGACUGGGACGCGCACCACGGCAACGGCGUCGCGGCCUACGCCGACGAGGACCCAAGAAUUUGCUACGCGUCGGUCCACCAG